CUGCAUGGAAGUAGUUUAUGUUUAGAUUUUUCAUGUUUCCUUUAUAUAUUUUGUAAAUAAGAUCUGGAGAUUUCACGAAUGCUAUGACAAUUGCCGAGGCUCUAAGCCUCUAUCAGAAUGGUUCUAAACGCCGCUGUACAAAUGUUAAGAGAGGCAGAAGAGUUAAAACAGAAAAUAUUAAAAUUUAACAGUGGAACUUCAAUGCUGCAAGAUAAGACUUUAUGGGCGACACAGCAGCAACUACAGAAGGUAUAUCAAAAAGUCUUGGUGCUAGAUCUGGACUAUGCCUUAGAAAAGAAAGUUGAGCAAGACCUCUGGAAUGUUGGUUUCAAGCAACAGAUUGAGGCUUUGCAGGCAAUAUCGAAAGAUAGAAAGAGUUCGCUGCGGAGUGAAGCGCAGGCGAUGUUGUCGUGGGUGCUGCAAGCCGCCGUAGGGUUCUAUUUGUGCCUGCUGCAUCAAAUCUGCACCACCUUCAAGUUAGACCUUCCAUUUAGGCGUAGAGCAUCGCUCCUGGGCGCGGUAGAGGGUUGGGAGGCGAGCGCGGGGGUGGGCGCGGUCAGCGCGGGGGGGGCGGCCGCCGCGCGGUACGCCAGUCAGCAUUGCCUCGUGCACCUGGGCGACCUGGCGCGCUACAGGCACCAGCUGCGAGUCGCACACACCUUCUACAGGCACGCCCUUGCCGUAUCCGUGCACUCGGGACAACCAUACAACCAGUUGGCCUUGGUGGCGUGGCGGCGUGGACGUCGACUGGCAGCGGUGUACUGGCACGUGCGCUCUUUGCUGGUGCGUGCGCCAUUCCCGCCCGCACCCGCCAACCUCGCACGCACCCUCGCCGCCGCCGCCAGUCGUGACGUGAAGGAAGUGCCAGCGCUGCCAGUACUGCCAGGCCUGACUCCCGCGGCCGUGCAGACCACCGGCGCGCCGGACAGCUUGGACUCGCACACCUACGCCAACGAGCUCGUGCGGACGCUACACUACCUGCACACAGCCGAGCAAUUGGACACUGCCGCCGAGCUGGUGAAUGUCUUGAACUCUUCGCUGUCACCUCACAUCGCCACCGAUAGCUUUGAUUCAAUGACACUCAUUAAGAUGGCGUGCGUGAUAAUAUGGGUGGUGCAUUCCACUACCGAGGACUUCUCAUUGGAAGCCAAUGCUCUGAGUGAUGCUGAGGUGACGGCGGCGCAACUGGCGUCGUCACUGGCGGCCGCUUCGCUUCUAUCGCUUUUACUGCCCGCGUAUACAGCUGACGAGCCGCCGCAGAAAGCCUUGCCAGCACUGAAAGUGUGGCUGCAAUGGCUCGUGGCGUACCCAAAGGCGGUGAGUACCACCGGUUGGGUGUCGCGGCCGCAGGUGUGGGCUGCGCUCGCGCAUGUGUUCAACAAACUCGUUCCGCAGUGCGACAGGGACAACAAGUAUGUUUCGGUGCCUCUGCCCGAAGACGAAGAACUCCACGGCUUCCUGCCGCUUGAGGAUGCGUUCAAAGGGCUCAAGUUCAUCAGCCACAGCAACUGGGACUCCACCAAAGUGCCCGACGUGGAGCCCAAUGACGAUGAUGUGGGUGCGGCGGGCAUAUCGAGCCUGUCUCUGAUCGGAGAGCCCGAGUUGGAGCAACGCGUGCGAGCGGGACGCUUGUUGGAGCUUGGCCGACGGCUCGCCGACAACCAUCCCUCGCAUCUCACUUAUACCGAGGAAGAAGGGGUACUGACGUUCACAGCAAGUGCAGUGGACGGCGAACAGUUAUCGCAGCUGGUAGCGCACCUCGCCGCCUCGAACGCACGCACCGGCACCUCCCCUCCACCCGCACCGCCACCCCCCGUCAUCAUCUCCGAGGCGGAUUUCAGGGAAAAGGUUCGAGAGAAGCGCGUGGGGAUACUGAAGCCUCAAGGAUCUUUGGAACGCUCGCGAGAAGAACGCGCGCUGGCCACCACUCAGGAGGAACCGGAAAGUGAAGCGAGCUCGGAAGGAAGUAAAUCAGAAGACAAGAAGGAAGUGCGCAAAUCUCGCGUCAACAUCGCUAUGGCAGCCAUCAUGCGAAAGCAGGAGGAAACUAAUAAACAGGUGAAAUUUGUGACGCCGCCUCCGACACCUGAUUCAAUGAGUGAACCGACUGAAAAUCAAACCGAUUUAACUCCAAAAGACGACCAGCCGAAACUCAUACAGCCAAAAGCGAUGAAGAGCCUCGCCAAUUUGCCUGUCGGUAGAAAAACCGGCGGCAUUCUCUCCUUGAAAGACAAAUCCGCUGGCUACCCCCACUUGCAAAACACAGACCCAGAACCUAAAAAACCGGAAAAGGAAGAGAAGAAGGAAGUCAAAAGUAACCAAACGACCAACUCUAACUCUCAAACUUACCAACAGAAGCGUGAGCAUGGGGCGAAUUGGUCUAAUUUAGCAGCGCCUAACUACAAUGAAAUUCCGCGAAUGAAUUUCCAAAAGACCUACGGAAUACAAAAUGCAGGAAUUAAUUAUAAUCCUUGCUACCAAAUGCCAAGUCCUAACAGCCAAGGCAUUAGACUGCCUGUCGUCAAUCCCAAGGAAAUAGAUGUUAGAACUGCAGCAUUACAGAAACAAAAUUCUCGACAAGAACUUUUCCAAGACGGUCACAAGUUCGCCAACCACGGCUACCAAAUAUCUGGCGAUAAAAAGAACUUUUUGAAUGAUUUGCCUCCACGAUUUGCCAAUCAGUACCGCUAUUGGCAGGGCAGCCAGGAGAACCAAUACGUAGAUAACAAAUUCAAGGACGAUAACCCAAAAAAUGCCAAUAUGUCCUUCAAUGCCCAACAACAACCUCCCCGGCCGAAUUGGCCGACACAACAACAAAACGAGAACUUCCAACAACCAGUGCCCUGGUGGAAACCAGAAAACCAAACCAAUUUCAACCCUCAACCAUUUACCACACCGCCAAUGAAUAUGCCAAAUUUCUAUUCAACUGUGCCUGCGAACAUUCCAUACGCGAAUUUGCAGUACAAUCAAAUCCAAGGUCAAAGUUUACAAAACUUGGGCCAGAAUGUGCCAAAUAUUGGCCAGAGUAAAGCUGAUUUAACCCCAAAUUACGUUCAGUCAGCAAUCGGGCAACCUCAAAUACAGACUUUGCAAAAUUUGGUUACAUCCCAAAAUUUUAGUUCGACCCUUAGCAGUUUUGGUCCUUACGCACCUUCCGUAAGUUAUGACUCUUCUAUGUACCCUCAAUUCAACAAACUUAGCUACCAACCCAUGCAGAUGAAAAUGAUGGAGAAACCAAAAUAUCCGGGUGCUAAAGAGUUGGAUGUUGGAUUAAAUUUUGGCUCCAAUGUUUUGGAGUUGCAGCAGAGGAAUAUGAACUUUGAGUCGUUCGGGGGUGAAGGUGGUGCUAUUAAACCUUCUGAAGAUGCUGCGGGCGGGGCGGCGGCGGGUGCGGUCGCGGGUGAAGGCAGUACGUAUUCCUUGUUCAGCGGCGCACCCGAAGCACCCACGUGGCCUCCGCGCGGUCAGCACCAGUAAACACAUACACAGAUUCAGACUGGUCGUGUUCGCAUUAUCGAAUCGAGUUCGAGUAUCGAAUUGCAAAACGUGUCGCAAUUUCACCAUGGCGCGCGGUUUCUCCUAAGCAGAUUUAUGAAGCGAAUCACAACAUCAGUUAGGUUUGAAUAAGCAAGAUGCAGUGAAGACCAUAGAUUAAACUUUAUAAUAGAUGCGUGAAAGGUGGUGAAAACCUACGAGUGUAGCAAGUGUAGAGACUGCGUGAGUGACGCAAAGCAUCUUGUAUUUGAUAAGCUGCGAUUGGUUCAAUUCGCAUUUGGGCUAGAACACUAAAUUAAUAACAUAUAUAACCACUCCACUUUAGUAGUGUUUGUCAAACUAGCGCUAACACACGCCAGCAACAUUAAGCGGGCGUGAAGUGAGACGUGCGCGGGGCGUUUUCACUGUUUUUUGACACAA